CACGGGAAAUACACGCUCCGCUUUAUUUUAACGCUCUUCCGAGGCUGUAGAUGGCGCUGUUCUGUUCAAGCGUCUAUGUAUCAUACCAGAAGGAGCACCAGAACUAGCAUACGCAACUAGACCAUCUUUUUCCCCCCACAAAGGAAACGCUGCCUUGUGUUGACCCAGCACUCUAAGCUGAAUGGCAGCAGCUUCCUCAUCAUCGUCCUCCGCCGGAGGGGUCAGUGGGAGCUCCGUUACUGGAUCUGGCUUCAGUGCAUCAGAGCUCAUUCCCCCUAGAAAAGUCCUCUACACAUAUCCCAAAGGAGCCGGGGAGAUGAUGGAAGAUGGCUCAGACAGGUUUCUGUGCGAAUCAGUAUUCAGCUAUCAAGUGGCAUCGACUCUAAAGCAGGUGAAGCAUGAUCAGCAGGUAUCCCGUAUGGAGAAGUUGGCCAGCCUGGUGGAGGAGCUGGAGGCAGACGAGUGGAAAUAUAAACCUAUUGAACAACUUUUAGGUUUCACAACUUCAUAGCUAACCACAUGCUGCUUAUAUUAAUUCAUAAAUUGCAUUGAAUUUUUUGUUUAGCGUUGUUUUUGUUUUUUAACCAGAAUGGAAAGUUUUUGUUUAUCAUUUAUUUAUGCACAUUUUUCCAUAUUUGAAGAACAUACAUAGGCUUCAGACUUACAUGAAACCCGUUUUGGAGAUUUUAAUGGAAAUGAAUACAUGAAUGUAAAUAUACUGACUUGCGUUACGGAUCUGGUCAGCAGACUAAUCACAUUCAGAAGUGUACAAAAGAUUUCUGACUUUUUUUUUCACAUGUACCUGAUCUUUUUGUAAUGUUGUUGGGUUUUUUUGUGGAAUAAAACUGCUCAAAUCUGUGUGAUUAAAUUCAAUAAAUCAGUCAUUUUA